AUGCCAGAGUUAUGCCUACUGUGCUGGGCAGUUCUCCUAGGCCUGGGCCACGCCUGUCCUGAACCCUGUGACUGUGGGCAGAAAUACAGCUUCCAGAUCGCAGACUGCGCCUACCGUGACCUAGAGGCCGUGCCGCCGGGCUUUCCAGCCAAUGUGACCACGUUGAGUCUGUCUGCCAACCGUCUUCCGGCCUUGCCAGGAGGCGCCUUCGAUGAGGUACCUCUGCUACAGUCACUGUGGCUGGCACACAAUGAGAUUCGUACGGUAGCUGCCGGUGCCCUGGCUCCUCUGGGCAAUCUCAAAAGCCUGGACCUCAGUCACAACGUCAUCUCAGACUUUGCUUGGAGUGACCUGCACAAUCUCAGUGCCCUGCAGCUGCUCAAGAUGGACAGCAAUGAGCUAACCUUCAUCCCCAGAGACGCCUUCCGCAGCCUGCGAGCCCUGCGCUCGCUGCAGAUCAACCACAACCGCUUGCACUCGCUGGCUGAGGGCACCUUCACGCCGCUCACUGCGCUGUCCCACCUGCAGAUCAACGACAACCCCUUUGACUGCACCUGUGGCAUCGUGUGGCUCAAAACGUGGGCCCUGGCUACUGCUGUGUCCAUCCCAGAGCAGGAGAAUAUCGCCUGCUCUUCACCACAUGUGCUCAAGGGCACCCCCUUGAGCCGCCUGCCGCCGCUGCCCUGCUCAGCGCCCUCAGUCCAGCUCACCUACCAGCCCAACCAGGAUGGAGCUGAGCUGCGGCCUGGCUUCGUGCUGGCGCUCCACUGCGAUGUGGAUGGGCAACCAGCGCCUCAGCUGCACUGGCACAUCCAGACACCCGGGGGCACCGUGGAGAUCACCAGCCCCAACGUGGGUGUGGAUGGGCAUGUCCCGCCUGGAGCCCCAGCAGCCAGUGGCAAACCUCGCUUCCAGGCCUUUGCCAAUGGCAGCCUGCUCAUCCCUGACUUUGGCAAGAUGGAGGAGGGCACAUACAGCUGCCUGGCCACCAAUGAGCUGGGCAGUGCUGAGAGUUCAGUGAAUGUGGCAUUGGCUACGCCGGGCGAUGGUGGCGAAGAUGCACUGGGCCACAGGUUUCGAGGGAAAACGGCCGACGGCAAGGGUUGCUACACUGUUGACAAUGAGGUGCAGCCUUCUGGCCCCGAGGACAACGUUGUCAUCAUCUACCUCAGUCGGGCUGGGAGCCCCGAGGCAGCAGUAGCGGCAGGUGUUGAUCCUGAGCAGCAGCCCCCUGGCCUGCUUCUGUUAGGCCCCAGCCUUCUUCUCCUCUUCCUUGCCUUCUUCUAG